GCUUUUGGCUCCCAAUUAGGAACAGUACCGGCUCCUAAGCACGACGGAGGAGGAGGACUCGGAAAACACCUCGCCCGUCCCGAGCCCGUGUCCUCCUCCUCCUGCUACCUCCCCCUCCCCCAUUCAUGUCCCCGGGAAGGCCGCUCAGGCGCGCUCUGCGGGCUGCCGGUGACAGCAGGGAGGUUGGAGCCGAGACUCAGCCCGCGCGCCGGCAUGAGCGCAGUUAGGGGGCGGGAGCCUCGGGAGCCUCCGCGGCGCGCGAGGGCGUAAGUGAUCUGAAAGAAGUUAGUUACCUGGGAUUCCUGUUCUCCACAAAACGGCUCCGAACCGUCUCCAGCGCCAGAGGGAAGGAAAAGCAAACGUCGGGUAUUAUUAUGUCGAUUUUCCAAGGACAGGGGUUCUCACCACAGAACCGAUGAAAAGGCUGCCUCUUCAGGAGUCCUGCCAGCAUUUUCUACUUACAGCUCGUAGGAUUGCCGGGAUUUGCUGUGGACCAGCAACUUUCUUAUACUUACAUCUCACGACUUCAAGAAGGUAUUUUGUUUGCUGCACUGUCCAGUUCCUACCACCAUUCCGGUCUCCCUGAGCAAAGUUUAGCCUCUUCGUUCAAAGUUAUGUGAAUGUGAUUGCUAAUUGAAAGGUAACUUUUGGUUUUGGAUGAGUCUGUGGAGUUUACGUUGUAAGAAGAAAGGGAGCCCGAGACACGAUGAAAGAAAAGUCUAAAAAUGCUGCCCGGACGAGGAGGGAGAAAGAAAACAGUGAAUUUUAUGAACUGGCUAAAUUACUGCCUUUACCCUCAGCCAUCACCUCGCAGCUGGACAAAGCAUCCAUAAUCAGACUCACGACCAGCUAUCUCAAAAUGAGAGUGGUCUUCCCAGAAGGGCUUGGCGAGGCGUGGGGCCACACCAGUCGAACCAGUCCCUUGGACAACGUUGGUCGAGAACUGGGCUCUCAUCUACUCCAGACUCUGGAUGGCUUCAUCUUCGUGGUGGCCCCAGAUGGAAAGAUCAUGUACAUUUCAGAGACAGCUUCGGUUCACCUGGGCCUUUCUCAGGUGGAGCUGACUGGAAACAGCAUCUAUGAGUACAUCCACCCGGCUGACCACGAUGAGAUGACAGCGGUGCUCACAGCCCACCAGCCCUACCACUCGCACUUUGUACAGGAGUAUGAGAUCGAACGUUCCUUCUUUCUGAGGAUGAAGUGUGUUUUGGCCAAGCGGAAUGCUGGCCUCACCUGCGGUGGCUACAAGGUCAUUCACUGUAGCGGCUACCUGAAGAUCCGCCAGUACAGCCUGGAUAUGUCGCCCUUCGAUGGGUGUUACCAGAAUGUGGGCUUGGUGGCCGUGGGUCACUCCCUGCCUCCGAGCGCUGUCACAGAAAUCAAACUACACAGCAACAUGUUCAUGUUCCGAGCCAGUCUGGACAUGAAGCUUAUUUUCCUGGACUCCAGGGUGGCGGAGCUGACUGGGUAUGAACCUCAGGACUUGAUUGAGAAGACCCUGUACCAUCACGUGCACGGCUGCGACACCUUCCACCUACGCUGCGCACAUCACUUACUGUUGGUGAAGGGGCAGGUGACCACCAAGUACUACAGGUUCUUGGCGAAGCACGGCGGCUGGGUCUGGGUACAGAGUUAUGCCACCAUCGUUCACAACAGCCGCUCCUCCAGGCCGCACUGCAUCGUCAGCGUCAACUACGUCCUCACAGACACAGAAUACAAAGGGCUGCAGCUCUCCCUGGACCAGAUCUCAGCCUCUAAGCCCACCUUCUCCUAUGCCAGCAGCUCCACACCUACCAUCACUGACAACAGGAAGGGGGCUAAGUCUCGGCUCUCCAGCGCCAAGUCAAAAUCCAGGACCUCCCCAUAUCCCCAAUAUUCGGGAUUCCACACUGAAAGAUCGGAAUCUGACCAUGACAGCCAGUGGGGUGGAAGUCCCCUGACUGAUACUGCCUCCCCACAGCUCCUGGACCCAGAGAGGCCUGUUUCUCAGCACGAAGUGUCAUGUGCCUAUAGGCAGUUCCCAGAUCGCAGCUCUCUCUGCUAUGGCUUUGCCCUGGACCACUCCAGGCUGGUGGAGGACAGGCACUUCCACACUCAAGCCUGUGAGGGGGGCCGCUGCGAGGCAGGCAGGUACUUCUUAGGAGCACCACCAACUGGGAGAGAUCCCUGGUGGGGCUCUCGAGCAGCCUUGCCGCUUACCAAGGUUUCCCCGGAGAGCAGAGAAACCUAUGAGAACAGCAUGCCGCAUAUCACCUCUGUCCACAGAAUCCAUGGUCGAGGUCACUGGGAUGAAGAUAGCGUGGUCAGCUCUCCAGACCCUGGGUCAGCCAGUGAAUCAGGUGACCGAUACCGCACCGAACAGUAUCAAAACAGCCCACAUGAACCUAGCAAAAUUGAAACUCUCAUAAGAGCCACGCAGCAGAUGAUUAAAGAGGAGGAGAAUAGAUUACAGCUAAGGAAAGCUCCUCCAGACCAACUGGCGUCCAUUAAUGGAGCUGGGAAAAAACACUCCAUCUGUUUUGCAAACUAUCAACAGGCCCCACCGGCAGGGGAAGUCUGCCACAGCUCUGCUCUGGCCAGCACUUCACCAUGUGACCAUGUCCAGCAGAGAGAGGGGAAGAUGCUCAGCCCUCAUGACAACGACUAUGACAACAGCCCCACUGCACUGUCUCGGAUAAGUAGUCCCAGUUCUGAUCGCAUUACAAAGUCCAGUUUGAUCUUGGCUAAAGACUACCUACAUUCAGAUAUGUCUCCUCAUCAGACAACAGGAGAGCAUCCUGCCAUUUCUCCAAACUGCUUUGGCUCCCACCGGCAGUAUUUUGAUAAGCAUGCCUAUACAUUAACUGGAUAUGCCCUGGAGCAUUUAUAUGACAGUGAAACUAUUAGAAACUAUUCCUUGGGCUGCAAUGGCUCACACUUUGAUGUAACUUCCCAUCUGAGGAUGCAGCCAGACCCAGCACAAGGACACAAGGGAACAUCUGUUAUAAUAACCAAUGGAAGCUGAUGUUUUUCUAAGAUAUUUUGUUUUUUUUUCAAGGGUCUCUGAAACACAUUUAUAGUUUAAUACCCCAUUAGCAGCAUUUACUAUACCACAGAUUGUUAGAAAGUCUAAAUUAAAGUUUCUGGCUAUUUGACACGAGUUCCUGUGGGGGGGGAAUACAAAACAAAAACAUUACCAACAUUCAGGGUUAUACACAGAUAAUUGAGCUAAAAUGAAUACAGAAAUUGCCCACAUAUUAUAGCAGAACCAUAAUAGAUAUAUUUGGAUUGAAAAAUACUAAUGCAAAUUAAGCAUAUAUGCCACUUGGAAGGGCUGAUGAAUGAAAACAUUGUGUCGUGACAAUCUAAUAGAAUUCAUACACAUAGACCUUAUGCUACUUACAAACUGCUACGUACACUUCACAUGCAUAAAUACACAAAAUGGGUACUUUUUCUUACCUGUCACAUAAAGCUUCUUAAGGAAACACCAGUUCUCAAAAUAACUAAAGAAGAGAAGGAUAUGUCUUGUAAACUUGUUUCUUCUUCUUCAUGGUUUUAAACUAGUCCACCCAUUUGGUUCACUAGAGAAAUGGUGCUGGUUACAGUACACAAGUGUGUUUUCACCUGGUAUCCAUUACAAGCAAUCAGGAAGUAGUGAUUUUCCACCUUACUUUUGAGUUAGACAUGGACCAGGAUUGGAUUGACAUAACAGUAAGGAUCUUUCUAAGUCGUAGCAUUGAAAUGUUCGGAGACACGUAAAAAACGUAGCCUACUCAAUUGUAAGUGGAUUAGUGAAGGAAAGGGCAAAGCAGUGUAGAAUGAUACUAAAUCUCAAAACAACUUUUGAGACUGAAACAGGUAAACAAUAUUUUGGGGGCUAGUGUACAAAAUACACAAAUAAGAAAUUUAAACCAGUUUACCCAGACAAAAUGCUGAUAAGUGCAAAAGUAACUAAGGAAGCUCUGUAAAGUACUACAAGACAACAGGAUAAGUGUUUUAAAACAUUUGAAAACACAGAUACGACAGUGU